AAUACAAAAGCUAGAAGCAAGAAACGGUUUUAACUGUGGGUAAACUAGGAUUAAAAUUGAUGUUUGUACUCAUGAACCUAAAGUACAAAUAGUUUAUUAAAGAUGAAUGUGCCCUGUUUAAAUCAACAAAACAAUGGUCACCACAUGUUUUAUUAAACUGUCAAAAUUAUUCUCAUUUUAUAUGUUGUGUGAAGAACAUUGUUUGCAAAAUACCUUUGAAAUUCCGGAGCUGACUUUAUUUAAAUUUAAUUUUGCUACAUUUUGAAAAUCUAGAUCAUCCAGGACUUAUGGGAGAAUCCUCUGAAGAAAUUUGCAAUCGACUGCUAGCGGCAGUCAGUAGUAAUCCGGCGGGAGUAAUUAAUGAUGACGUUGUAAAGUUAUCUAGUGAUAUAACAAUAGAACAAAGAGUAUCUGGUUUAAACAAGUUACUUCAACAAGGGCUGCUCGAGAUUCUUCAAAAAGGAGAUAAAUUAGUAUAUAGAGCGAAAGACCCGAAAAAAGUUUCUCUACCCAAAGGUGCAGAUAACGAAGAAAAGAUUGUGUAUGCUAUUGUAGAAGAAGGUGGCAAUAAAGGAAUAUGGAUAAGAGACAUACGCAUAAAGUCAAAUUUAAAUAUGACUCAACUGAAUAAAAUACUAAAAAAUCUUGAGACAAAAAAAUUAAUCAAGGCAGUUAAAUCCGUAAAUGCCAGUAAAAAAAAAGUUUACAUGCUUUUCAAUUUGGAACCCGAUAGAUCUGUUACUGGAGGGGCUUGGUAUCAAGACCAAGACUUCGAAGCGGAAUUCGUGGAUGUUCUCAAUCAGCAAUGCUUAAGAUUUUUGCAAAUGAAGAGAGAUUCUGCUUUAGAAAAACAAGAAAGUCCUUUAACUACAAAACAACUUGCAUGUUGUUCUGUAAAAGAAGUUCAUAAAUUUAUUUCAGAUUUGGGAAUAAGUAAGGUUAAACUUGACAGCGAAGACUUAGAAACCAUUCUCAAAACGGUGGUAUAUGACGGUAGAGCAGAACGAGUACCAUUAGCUGAUGGGACAUUUGCUUAUAGAGCUAUCGAAAAUGCUUUGGGUCCACCAGGAUUAGUUCAAAUACCUUGCGGAAUAUGUCCAAUAAUAAAAAAUUGCUCGGAUUGUGGUGACGUAACCCCUAGAAGUUGUAAAUAUAUGUCAGAAUGGUUGGAUUAAUUUAUACAUAAAAUGAACUUUAUUAAAUAUUAUUUUUUGAAAAAUAAAGUAAAUUAUA